CCCCCUCUCUUUGAAGCGAAGCCCCGCCCGUGACCAGGUUACGGGGCGGGGCUUGGCUGUGCAGAGCCUGGGAGGCAGGCAGAGCGUCUCUCGCUACAGCUGUGCUUCGCUCUUUGUCGGUCUCUGCUCCUCUCCUGCGCUUUUCUAUCCGGUACAAGGAUACAAAGAGAGGGACAGAGCAUGAGAGCCGCGGGGGCAGCAGAGGGACACGAGGAAACCUAACCGGACUACAGUCUAGUCCAGACACGGAUACUAUUAUCUUCAGACUGGAUACGGAGCUCCGCCGAUGUACGCACUGGAUUUUACCCAGCAAAGAGUGUCGAGAUCGGGGGGAGAGGGGCGGACUUUAGUACGCAGGAUUGGCGGUGUUUAGGAGGGGGUCAUGGAUAACACUUUGCACAUUCUCCAGAAAUCCUCAGACUGUGUGCCGGCUGGGAUCUCCCUGGCUAUGAGUUUAAAUACGGACGAAGGGGAAGGUUUCACGGAACGGCAGAUCGUGGGGCUCCCCGACAAAAUACCUCUGGUGAAACCUUAUUUUAAAAAGAAGCAGAGGAAAUUAGACGCCAAAUGCCUCCACCGUGCCCUAGAGGAUCCCAUACUGACCACGUUACUGAGCACGGAUGCGCUGGUGUCCGGGGAUGGGGUGUUUGUUCCCCGGAACCAGCCGGGUCGGACUCCGGGAACCCUGUGCGCUGCGGCCGUGGUCAAACAGAACUGUAUGGGCCAGGUGUGUCUCAAAGCCACGGUAGCUGCUGUUAACGCCACAGCUGUGGCUGGAGUACCGGGGCUGAUGACCCGGGACGGGGAUGUGGAAAUAGCCGAUACUACUGCGGAGCUGGAGGAGACUGAGCGGCGAGGGGAGCGAACCAAGAUCACGGAUCCCACCCCCGACAACCCCUGCUUUCAGCCGAAGCCUGGCCUCAGGGCAGCCGGGAGCACAGUGACAAUAACGACCCCCGGCAGGGAUAUACGUCCCACAGUUGCACCCCAGGCUCCUCGCCAGGAGGGGAGCAUCAAAAGCAACGACCUCUUAACCUCUGGGCCUAAAAACCUCCCAGUCAAAGACUGCACCGGCGUCCAGGACCCCCUUGCCCUCCUCCUGCUGCCAGACAAAGGAGUGCUAUUUCACGAUAAAAGUGAAGAGGCCUCCCUGGACCUGGUUUUUGAGCUGCUCACCCAGCUCCAGUAUCACACACACCAGUCAGACUCCGUGGACAUUUGUGUGGAUUUCCUCCAGGGACAGUGUGUUUAUGGCAAUGACUGUGCCCACCACCACACUGUCCUGCCCUACCACUGGCAGAUCCGCAGGAGCAGUAACCAGACAUGGCAGAGCAUAGCAGACGACUCCCAGGAGCAGCUGGAGAGACUGUACUGCAACCCAGACAACGAGCAAGUCAGGCUCAAGUUUCAGGGUCGUGUGUUUUCCCUAGACUUUGGCGCGAUGCGGGUGUGUGACCUGGAAUUUGACCGCGUGCGACGACUGACCACUCCUGCCAGCCCUCUACCCAUGCCCAUAACAACCCCCAACCCCACCCCCAGCUGUCACACAGUGUGGAAGUACUACUGCAGAGACAACUUUGGCUGGAGGGAAUACUCCGAGCCGGUGGUGAAGCUCAUAGAGGAGGCGAGCACGAGGGGUCUUAAAGAGGUGCGAUUCAUUACGCUCCAGAACCAGUACAUCCUCAACAUCAGGGAGGGCUUCCAGCAGAACGCCGUCUUCGGGUUCCGGCGUCAGAUCAAAAAGCGGCCCAUGUUCAUGUCCUCUGUAAUGCUUACACCCCACCUGCAGACUUUGGGCGGCCUCUCUUCAUCUCCCCUACCCUCCUCCUCCUCCUCCUCCUCCUCCAUGGAUCUCUCUGUGUCGCAUCCCCUCUCGCCGACGACCACAAACCCGCCCAGCCUUUUUCCGGAAACAUGGUUGCCCAUGGCGAUGAACCAGGACUUCCUGCAGGUGCCGGUGUCACGUGAAGACCGCAGCUACCGUACGGUGUACAGCCUUUUCCACAAGACGGUGUCGGAGACGAAGUUCAGGAUCCUUAAGAUCCAGCGUGUGCAGAACCCCUUCCUCUGGGAGAAAUACAAGAGGAAGAAGGAGUACAUGUCACGACGUAUGUCAGAGAUGGACCGGCUGCUGAGCGAGCGCCACCUCUUCCACGGCACCUCGGCCGACGCGGUGGAGGGCAUCUGCAAGCACAACUUCGACCCCCGAGUCUGCGGCAAACACGCCACCAUGUUUGGUCAGGGCUCCUACUUUGCCCGCAAGGCUGUCUACUCCCACAACUUCUCCAAGCGCUCGCCCAAAGGAGUCCACUGCAUGUUCCUGGCCAAAGUCCUCACUGGCAGGUUUACUGUAGGAAAUCCCUCCUUGCGGCGACCUCCACCCAUCAACCUCCGUGACCCCUCCAGUGACCUUUAUGACUCCUGUGUGGACAACUGGGUGGACCCCCAGAUCUACGUCAUCUUCAACGAUGACCAGAGCUACCCUUACUUUAUCAUCCACUACGAGGAGGUACCCGGCACUGUCGCCGUCUAAAGCCCUGGAUCAGACCUGGGUCGGUCUGGAUGUGCAGAUACCUACCCACAGUUUGCUUCAGUCUGUUGCGGUGCCAGAUGGGUGGAGUGUGCCACUGGAGAUGAGAAGGAACAGCUGAACAAGGUGGAAUGUAGAGCACUUUUUGGAGGCCGUUGCCAGAGUGAACUUCACCCAUCUGCUGCUCUAAACGGGCCGCAGAGUCAAACACGCGUUUGCAAAUACGCAAUGAUUUAGGUCGACUGGAUCCAACAGACUGGACUGCAGUAAGGAGCUACAGUCAUCCAGAGUUCAGAGGUGGAUGGAAACAGCUGAAGCCACAGCUGACUCGACCGGACUCAUAAACCACCGUGAUGUAGUACGAACAGGCGCUCGCGGCGGUCUACGGCAGGAUUGUAUCGACCGCAUUGAUCCAGAGCAGAUGCAGGAAACAAACCAAACCUAGUCCUUGUCACCGUUUCUUUUUGACUUUGUCGUACGGCUGUAAAUGAACUCCGUUCCACAUCAGGACAAAUGCUGUCGCAGUACUGUGAAUGACCAACCGGCCGUAUUAUUCGGAGGAAGCGGCAACCAACCAAUCGAACGCUUCCAUAGAGAAACCAUCGCUGACCCCCCCCCCCCCCCCCCCCCCCCGAGUGUGUAGCCAGCCUCCUUACGUUUAUUUUGAGUCGAUGUGCAGAAAAACCUCUCGAGAGGUUUCACGUGAAGCGAGUGCGUUUUUUGCCUUUGCGCCCACCACUUGAGUUCCUCGCGGGGGAUUGAAGAGCGUACAGUCUCACGCUGAGACUCGGCAGCGCCGUAGUGUCUCGCAGCCCCCCCCCCCCCCCCCCCC